CUUCACGUGACUGCCACAGCAGGGACUGUAAGGACAGGAAACUUGAGAAUUAAGUGGUUGGCAAGGUUGCGAUACAAGUGUUCGGUUUUAGAUUCAUUAAUAACGCUAAUACUUCAUCACAUCCUGGCUCAUCGAUCCACUCAAGAUGGAACACUCACGAGAUUCCCCUAUCGGUCCAGUCCCACCCGAACUUGAACUUGAACUGACCUUGACGCGCCAGUUGUGUACUCAUAUUUUUCUCGCCACGUUCGCACACGUCAUCGCGAAAUGGGGCUCUUUGAUCUUGAUCUUUUUGACGAUUUUCGGAGGAUGAACAUGCGACAAGUUAUGUACCAAGUGCUAAACAUAUUGUUGGUUGUAUCCUCAGCUCUAAUGCUAUGGAAGAGUCUAAUUUUAUUAAGUUACAGUGAGAGCCCUCUGGUUGUUGUUCUGAGCGGUAGCAUGGAACCAGCUUUCUAUCGUGGUGAUGUUUUAUAUCUCACAAACUAUCCCGACGAGCCUAUUCGCACUGGUGACAUCGUCGUGUUCAAAAUAGAAGGCCGGGAUAUUCCCAUCGUGCACAGAGUCAUCAAGGUACACGAAAGCGUCAAUGGUACGGUGAAGUUCCUCACCAAGGGCGAUAACAAUGCUGUGCACGAUCGAGGCUUGUAUGCUCCGGGACAAGAUUGGUUGGUACCUUCUCAAGUGCUUGGGCGCGCAAAAGGCUACAUUCCUCACGUCGGUCAAGUGACUAUCAUAAUGAACGAUAAUCCUAAGCUGAAAUAUUGCGUUCUUGGGACCAUGGGUAUCUACCUCUUGCUAAACCGUGAAUCCUAAAGCCGAUCCAAAACUCGUAUGGAAUCCCCUGUGUAUUUUUCAUGAUGUGCUGUCUAUAUACGUGCACACGGACUACUUCUUCGCUCUUCCAUACGACGCUGUCCAUUAUGUUUUGGUUCUCAGAUCAAACAAGAACUCGUUCGGACACCGGCACCGCGUUUUUUUAUUCAGCUGCAUCUUUGUCUUUUUGUCCCCUUCCCACCUCGUUCUUUUCGAUGCUGUGAGAAUAUUCAAAUUUUUUUAACGGAUUUUCUUAUUUGUGCUUGUUUAAAUUCGCAUUUGAACUUAUCGUUUGCGAUUGUAUUCACAAAUCGCUGGUUUGCAUACGCAUUUGCCUACCUGCUCUACUGACUAAGCAUCGCACACUUCCUUUGUAUCUUAGCAUUUCUGAACACCCUUAGGUGGUUUACCGAA